AUGGCGCCCGCAGGCCAAGGGAGGCUGUUCCGGCAGGAAGCUGAGGUCACCGUGAAACAUGAGGCCGGGGCAGGAGCCCGAGCUCAUGUGCUCCACAGCUGGGCCCCCUUCUUCUUAGCACGCCCGCGCUGCUGGCCGGCAGGGCUCCGGCUCCACCAGGAGCCCCGGUGGACGAGCGUCGUCCUGCAGGACCGCCAGUCACGGAGGCCCCUGUGUUUCUUUUCCUGGGAAGGCUUCCGCUGUGGUCCUCCCCAGAAAAGUUCUGUGGAUGUUCCUUGGGAAUGUCCAAGGUCAAGCAGAGUUGUUCUAACAUCAUCCCACGUCCCGGAAUUCCGCAAGGCUUUCCCGCAGCCUCCCGAGCACCUCGGUGGGGAGGAGCCGUGUCCUGCGUGCUCCCUGCCCAAAGGACAGGACUCCCAGCCCAGGCGCAGCCCUUCGGGUGCAAAGCGGGCCGCUCUGAAGAAUGAAAACGUCUCUGUGCAGAGAGGCACAGGGCUGCCCAUGGGCACCCCCUCUACAAACGAGUCUCCACCACCGCUGCCAAGCAGAGCAGGCUUCAGCGAGCGGAUCGAGGGCUGUGAGGCAGGCCAAGGGCCCUUCCCGCUUUUUUGCACCUGCCGCGGCAGCUGA